AUGGCUAAUUCUCUCUCUCUUGGCAUCCUUCAGAUGCUUGGAGAGUACAACCACUCAGUCCUGUGUUAUGAUCAUGCUCUACAGGCCAAACCAGGGUUUGAGCAAGCUGUAAAAAGGAAGCACGCUGUCCUGUGUCAGCAAAAACUGGAGCAAAAAUUGGAAGCCCAGCACAGGUCUCUUCAGCGAACGUUAAAUGAAUUGAAAGAAUAUCAGAAGCAGCAUGACCAUUACCUCAGGCAGCAAGAUGUUUUAGACAAAUACAAGCUCAUCCAGGAGGAACAAAUCUUGAGGAACAUCAUUCACGAGACGCAGAUGGCAAAAGAAGCUCAAUUAGGGAACCAUCAGAUCUGUAGGCUGGGCAACCAGCAGCACAGCUUGCACUGCCAGUGGGACCAGCCCGUCCGCUACCACCGCGGAGACCUCUUUGAGAACGUGGAGUAUGUCCAGUUUGGUGAAGACUCUUCAACUUCUCGUAUGACAUCUGUGAAUCUGGAUCUCCACACCAACCAAAGUGACCCCAGCCAGUCCUUGCAGUCUUCCCCUGUUCCUCGUUCUGUCUUCUCAGUGUGGAGUGUGGAACCCAGCAGAGACAAGCAGCAUAUUCUUUGGCCUCAGAGAUCAGAGUGCAUGAAAUCUUUCCCCAAAAUUCCUGACCCAGAAGAACUGCCAACUUACUUCCUGCCUCCAGAAAACAGGGGCUUCAGAGUCCACCCAAUCCUGAGUAUCCCAAGAGAUGCUGCUGGGCAUGGAGAAUCCCAGGCCCCAGACUGCUCUUCCAUUACUGACACUCGUAACAAUGAAUCUCUCAACAUGCUGGUGAAGGAACUAGACACUCAUCUGCAGUUGAAAUUCAAGAUGCCAGAUGAUCAAGCAAGACAAGUUUUGCACUCUCGUAUCAACAACCAAACCAUUACCCAGGCCAAGAUAGGAGCCUUCCUAGACCAUGCCAUGAAAAAGCCAGAAGAUCCUCUGUGGCUGGUGCUGAACGAAGCUGGGUUGUACUGGCGUGCGGCUGGCAACGGGACCUUUGCAGUCACCUGCCUGCAGAAGGCAUUCAACCUGGCUCCCCACCAGUACCAGGACAUCCCUCUGGUCAACCUGGCCAACCUCCUCAUGCAUUAUGGUCUGCAUCUGGAUGCCAGCAAGCUCCUCCUGGAGGCUUUGGCCAUCAAUGCCUCUGAGCCCCUGACUUUUCUGAGCCUAGGGAAUGCAUACCUGGCCCUGAACAACCUGAGUGGAGCCCUGCAGGCCUUCAGGCAGGGGCUGGACUUGGCCACCAGGUGCCUGGAGUGUGAGGGCAGCCUGAAGAUGAUCCGCUGUCUGCAGUUCUACCCCUUCCUCUACAACAUCACCUCCUCUGCCUGCAGAG